GGCAGAGCACAGAGGAAGAAGGGAGAAGAGGAUAUCUGCUGGAAAAAGAGCUCUCAUGUUAAUGAAAUAGCAAUCCAGAGAAGUGUCGAGAGACUUCAACAUGGCUUUUCAUGUGGCGGGACUGAUUGCUAUCAUUGUGUUCUACCUGGCUAUCCUCUUUGUUGGAAUAUGGGCUGCAUGGAAAACCAAAAACAGUGGUAGUGAUGGAGAUCGUAGGGAAGCUAUUAUAGUUGGCGGAAGAGAUAUUGGCUUGCUGGUUGGUGUAUUUACCAUGACUGCCACCUGGGUUGGAGGAGGUUAUAUAAACGGGACAGCGGAGGCUGUGUAUGUACCAGGCUAUGGGCUGGCCUGGGCCCAGGCACCCAUUGGAUAUUCACUUAGCCUUGUCGUAGGUGGUUUGUUUUUUGCAAAGCCCAUGCGCUCCAAAGGCUAUGUGACAAUGUUGGACCCCUUUCAGCAAAUUUAUGGAAAACGAAUGGGAGGGCUUAUCUUCAUACCUGCUGUAAUGGGGGAAAUGUUCUGGGCUGCAGCCAUCUUUUCUGCAUUAGGUGCCACCAUAAGUGUGAUCAUUGAUGUCAAUAUCAAUAUUUCAGUUGGUAUUUCUGCCCUAAUUGCAACUCUGUACACACUGGUGGGUGGACUUUACUCAGUAGCCUAUACUGAUGUGGUCCAGCUGUUCUGCAUUUUCCUUGGACUGUGGAUCAGUGUUCCAUUUGCCAUGUCCCAUCCUGCAGUGACAGAUAUUGGAUACACAGCUGUACACAAUGUCUUUCAGGAGCCUUGGCUUGGAACCAUUAAAAAACCUGAUAUCUACAAGUGGAUUGACAAUUUCCUCUUAUUGACAUUAGGAGGAAUCCCAUGGCAAGCAUAUUUCCAGCGAGUUCUCUCUUCCUCUUCUGCUACCUAUGCACAAGUGUUAUCCUUUCUGGCAGCUUUUGGAUGUCUUGUGAUGGCAGUGCCUGCCAUUCUCAUUGGUGCCAUUGGUGCAUCAACAGAUUGGAACCAGACGGACUAUGGUAAUUCAGACCCCAAGGACAACUAUGAAGCUGACAUGAUUUUACCCAUCGUCCUCCAGUACCUUUGCCCAGUAUAUAUCUCCUUCUUCGGCCUCGGGGCAGUUUCUGCUGCUGUCAUGUCAUCUGCUGACUCUUCCAUCUUAUCGGCGAGUUCCAUGUUUGCCCGGAACAUCUACCAGCUUUCUUUUCGGCAAAGUGCGUCAGACCAAGAAAUAGUCUGGGUCAUGCGAAUUACCAUUUUUGUGUUUGGAGCAGCAGCAACACUAAUGGCCCUACUAGCUCAGUCGGUUUAUGGGCUCUGGUACCUCAGCUCUGACCUGGUUUACAUCAUCAUCUUCCCCCAGCUCUUGUGUGUCCUCUUCAUCAAAGGAACCAACACCUACGGUGCCGUUGUAGGGUAUCUGUUUGGUGUCAUACUCCGAAUUACUGGAGGAGAACCGUAUUUGCACUUGCAACCCUUGAUUUUGUAUCCUGGUUAUGAUCAAGAACAGCAAAUUCAGAGGUUCCCUUUUAAAACAAUAGCCAUGCUUACCUCUUUCUUCACUAACAUUGGAGUAUCCUAUCUGGCAAAAUACUUAUUCGAAAGCGGCACUUUGUCACCCAAAUUUGACUUCUUGGAUGCCGUUGUUGCGAAGCAUAGUAAGGAGAACAUGGACAAGGCCACUCUUGUGAAAAGUGACAAUAUUGUUUUAAACGAGUUGGCCCCUGUGAACCCUCGGCACAGUUUGGCUCUAAGCACCACCUUCACAAACAAAGAGGCCUUCAGUGAUAUUGAUUCAAGUCCCGAUGUAUCCACAGCAGAAGAUAACUGACAACGGCCCAACGGAGGAGAGAGGUCGCUUUCACAUCCCCCACAAUGCAACAGGGUAUGCAACAAAGGGAGA